UCAUGCUUACUCCAACUAUCGCGAGACUUCCCGGGAAGCGCACAGCGGCCCGUCGCCAUGUUGCUCUCUGUUAACUCCUUCAUGGCUGUUUUUCGACGAGGACAAUCACCAUCCGCUACUUUAAAGGUUUUACUUGUUUUCUUUCCCAUCAUCCCUUGCAUUGUUGUGCUGAAGUGAGGUCAUGAUGUGGAGGAGGAUGAGAAGGAGGUGGGUGGUGCUGUCAGUGCUCUGAUGUUUGUCCAUCUAUAUGGAGGAUGUGGUUCUGUAUUAUCAGCCUGGAUCAGCUGCUGGGCUCAGCUCUCUGAUCGAGAGGACGGAGAAGCUUCUGGAGUCUUUCCCCUGUCGGACUCCUCCAGUCUUCAGCCCCUGGUUCCCCACAGACCGCCACCUGCCCAUCAGACCUGCCAGAUCUGCUCCCAUCAUCACCUGCUUGGGGGAUGUACUUGUCUCUGACAUCAAAACACAAACUCAGACAGAACAAAACAGACUACAGAAACCUGACAUUGAAAGUCUUGUUGUUGAAAAACCUCAUGAAUGUCCAUGUGUAGAGACAACAAGAACAGCACAUGAAAAUCCACAAGAACACAAAGAAGAUGUCUCUAACAGAGCGGACAGAGACAUCAGCAGACUGUCUCCUGAGAAACACAAAGACAAAGGUGUCUUCUCUGCCACACACUCACCGCUUAAACGAUCAUGGAGCGUCUUCACACAGAAACAAGUUCCUCUGCAGAGCUGCCAGUCUCUGUCCAAACAUUUCCAUCGCAUGGUGUCCGUUCACAGACUCCACCUUCGCCAGAGGGUCAAAUGGGUGAUCAGUCAGCACAACUGUGGCGCGGGGCGGGACAUCGAACAGGUGUGGCAGGCUGUGAGCCGGUCCAUCCGGAGCUCCAGGUUGCCGACGUGUAACGCCAACAUCCAGCGGGAGCGGGUGGAGAUCUGGGUGUUCUGUGACGUUGUCCACUCAGAGCAGGUGGGACGGUUCCUGAAGGACGAGCUGCAGCUGCUGGGGAGGAUCAGCCUGUCGGUUCACAAGCUGGGAAACAUCUUCAGCAUGUAGAAGCUCAUUCCCAGGUUUACAGGUCCAGAUGUUAUGAUCACAUGAUGAUGUCUCUGUAGUUACAGGAAAAAAUACAGUUAUUUUUCAUUAUAAAGUCAUCUCUGUUACAAUCUUAAAGGUACAGUUCACCCAAACUGUAAAUCCUCUCCUCCUCCUGAUGAUAUAAAGUCAGGUGAAGUGUUGUCGUCCACAGAACAGUUCUGGAGCUUCACAGUAAAACAGAGUUGCAGCGUUCUGCUGAACAACUGAAGCAGCUGAGACUUGAUUUAAACAUCAGAUGUCUCCAUCAGCUCGUCUGCUGUGAUCACAGUCUGCAGCAGAGAACACAUCACUAACUGAUCUCAGACCAGAUUUGAAUUCAUUAUAAAGCCAAAAUCUGCACUGGAGCUGCUGAGCGUUAGCUUAGUGGGUUCAUGAGCUUCCUCUCCAUUCUGUAAUUACAGAAUGUCCUUUGUUGGGUAAACUGUUCCUUUAAUUAUGUACUAACUUACCAGAUGUUAAAUCUCAGCCUAGAGAAAAUGACGGGUCAGAUUUCCAUUAAAAAUGUGCUGUGUAUGUUUUUGCUCCCCAAUGGAAGAUUCCUAAUCCUACCUCAGCCAGCACCAGACCAUCAGGAGGGUGUUUGGUUCUGACUCAUUUUCUAACCAGGUUGUUUACAUGUGAAACACACAACCAGGAAACUCCUGAUCAUUCCCACGAUGCUGAUGUGCAUGCAAACACACCGCAUGUGUGUGUGUGUGGGGGGGCUUUUUAACAUAGUCAGCAUUUCAGCCUGGAUGCAUUAUGUAUUAGAUAGAAAACCUUGUGAAUACAGAAUGUACAUAGUCUGAAGAGUCAUAGUGUAUUUUUAAUCCUCAGAUGCAAAACGUCAUUAAUAUUUUAUUAAAUUCUACUGAAUGCACUGACUGGGAGGAGACGGAACCCUCAGACUGAUGUUUUUGUGCCAAAUCCCAGUUUUUAAUGUGUAUUUAUGGAUAGAUUGUUAUGAUUGUAUCAUUUUAUCGCCACGCUGAUAUAAAUAAAGGUUUGAUGUUUGUAC